AGCGGAUAAGUGUGACUCAGAAAAAGUUAAAUACUGAAAUUGACUUUGUGAAGAGCUCUAAUAUUCAGAAUGUCUAGCAUGAGCACUCUUGAGAAGAACUGUCUUGUUGAUUUAAUUUCAGCGAUUGAAUUUGAUAAAACUGGUGAUCAUCUUGCUACCGGUGACCGUGGGGGGCGGGUGGUUCUCUUUGAGAGGACAGAUACAAAGGAUCAUGGUGGAUCAAGAAAGGAUCUGGAGAGGAUGGAUUAUCCAGUAAGUAAGCACCCUGAAUUUCGUUACAAGACAGAGUUUCAAAGCCAUGAGCCUGAGUUUGAUUAUCUCAAGAGCUUGGAAAUAGAAGAAAAAAUCAAUAAAAUCAGAUGGUGCCAAACAGCAAAUGGUGCCUUGUUUCUCCUGUCAACCAAUGAUAAGACGAUUAAGUUUUGGAAGGUACAGGAAAAAAAGAUCAAGAAAAUUUCUGACAUGAAUUUGGACCCCUCAAAAGGUGUAGGAAAUGGAAGCAUUGCUAGUUCAAGUAAUUCAAGCAUCCCCAGACCUUGUCUUGCAAAUGGAGGAUAUCCAGACAAAUUCUGCAACUCUUUGAGCAAUGAUUUCUCAUUCCCACCUGGAGGCAUUCCAUCUCUCCGUUUACCUGUGGUAGUAACAAGUCACGAGACUAGUCUGGUGGCUAGAUGUCGUAGAGUUUAUGCUCAUGCUCAUGAUUAUCACAUCAAUUCUAUUUCAAAUAACAGUGAUUGUGAAACCUUUAUAUCAGCUGAUGAUCUUCGUAUAAAUCUUUGGAACUUGGAAAUUUGCAAUCAAAGUUUCAAUAUUGUUGACGUAAAGCCUGCAAACAUGGAGGAUCUGACUGAGGUAAUAACAUCAGCGGAGUUUCAUCCUACGCAUUGUAAUAUGUUAGCAUAUAGCAGUUCAAAAGGCUCAAUUCGCCUUAUUGAUUUGCGGCAAUCAGCAUUAUGUGAUUCUCAUGCCAAAUUGUUUGAGGAACAGGAGGCACCUGGUAGUAGAUCAUUUUUUACAGAAAUUAUUGCCUCAAUCUCAGAUAUCAAAUUUGCAAAGGAUGGAAGAUAUAUUCUUGGUCGUGAUUAUAUGACUCUCAAGUUAUGGGACAUCAACAUGGAUUCUGGUCCAGUUUCAACUUUCCAGGUUCAUGAAUAUUUAAGACCUAAGUUGUGUGACUUGUAUGAGAACGAUUCAAUUUUUGACAAAUUUGAGUGUUGCCUUAGUGGUGAUGGAUUGCGAGUAGCAACAGGUUCUUACAGCAAUCUAUUUCGUGUGUUUGGUUGUGCCCCGGGAAGUGUUGAGCCAACAACCUUGGAAGCCAGUAAAAAUCCUAUGAGGAGACAAGUUCAGACUCCCUCAAGACCUUCCAGAUCCCUUAGUAGUAUAACACGUGUUGUCAGGCGAGGACCAGAAAGCCCCACAGUUGAUGCCAAUGGAAAUUCCUUCGAUUUCACUGCAAAGUUGCUGCAUCUAGCAUGGCACCCAACUGAAAACUCAAUUGCAUGUGCUGCUGCAAACAGCUUGUACAUGUACUAUGCAUAAGACAGUCCAAGAAGGGAAUCUAUUUGGUUGGUUAACCUUUUUGGGUUGCUGUUGGAGAAAGCUCCUUUUCUUUUCCCACCAACCAGUGAGUUAAAAGUUACAUCAACUCUUACACACUUCCAAGGCCCUCAUACCUCUAGCAUCCCAAGCAAUAGCAUCAAGGUCGAAAAAUGGCUGUCGCAGAACGAAUCUACGAGGAAGCAGCCUGUUUUUGCUCCCCCAGUGGGCAACGUGAUUUCAUUUUUCUCUUUCCCCUUCCCUUUCCAACCCCUUAAAAAAUUCCUUUCAAUAUCUUCGAAAACUGGAAGAUACGGUAAUGUUUUUCUAAUUUGUGCUGGGUUGAAGUUAGAAGAAACUGUGAUUGUAGAGCCACAACCACAAAACUAAAGGAUAGAUGUUGGAUAUUUGCCCCUAGGUUUUAAGGUAAAUGUAGGUUUUUCCUUUUUCUUUUUUCUUUUUUAUUUUUGGUAACUCAGGUCUUGAUGGGAAAGUGCUGUUGAAACUUCAAGUGCAUCAUUUUUUCAUUGAUUCUUUUUGUCUUGUUUGAAACUUCCUCCUUUUAGUUCAAGAUUAAGUGUAGCCUUUACAUUUUUUGCUCUCUUAGAUUUUUUUUUUGGUUUGGUUUUUCCCUCCUUUUUUUUUUCACUAGUUUUAAGAUUUGAUGUAUGUAACAUAAUUUCCUUUCUAUUAGGAUCCAUUUUCAAUAAAAAUAAUAAUUCAGU